AUGUCCAAGGCAGUAUAUAUUUCAACCAUUGAUGGCAAGCCCGGCAAGCCGGGCCAGGUCUACUAUCCGCUUACACUGCGAACCCUGCCCCAGCCUUCCCCGCAAGGGCGAGAGCUGCUCGUGAAGCUGACCGCCGCCUCCCUCAACCACCGAGACCUCUUCCUCCGCCAGCACCUAUACCCCGGCGUGACAUUCGAUGUUCCUCUCCUCGCAGACGGGGUUGGAAUUGUGGUUGGUGCGGGCCCUAAUGUGUCGAAUGCCGACAAAUGGCAGGGCAAACGCGUCAUUCUGAACCCAGGCGUUGGCUGGAAAGACUGUCCCGAUGGACCAGAGGAGGCAACUGGAUACCGAAUUAUGGGAGGCACCAAGUUCUAUGAUAAGGGUACUCUGCAGGAGUAUAUUACUAUUGAUGAAUCGGAGGUCGAAGAGGCGCCCGCUCACCUCUCCGACGCGGAGGCUGCGGCCUUGCCCCUGGUGGGUUUGACUGGAUGGCGAGCCCUGGUCUCCAAGGCUGGCGAGAGAAAUACCAAGGACGGCGCUGCCAUUUUGAUCACCGGUAUUGGCGGUGGUGUUGCAUUGAUGGUGCUCCGAUUUGCGGUCGCUCGUGGAGCUCAUGUCUUCGUGACGAGCUCUAGCCAGGAGAAGAUCCAGAAGGCUAUUGAGCUUGGCGCUGCUGGUGGCGUGAGCUAUAAAGAAGAUGGAUGGGAUAAGAAGCUGCUGGGUAUGCUUCCUUCUGGCAAGAAGAACUUUGACGCCAUCAUCGACGGUGCUGGCGGCGAUUCGAUUGAGAAGUCUGCUCGGCUGCUCAAGGCUGGUGGUGUUCUCUCUGUUUAUGGCAUGACCGUCUCCCCCAAGAUGCCAUUCACGAUGCAGACUGUGCUGAAGAACAUCGAUGUCCGUGGAUCCACAAUGGGAUCACGAAAGGAGUUCAAGGAGAUGGUCGACUUUGUGGCUGCCGAGAAGAUUCAACCUGUUGUAUCGAGAGUACUCAAGACCGACAUUGACGACCUGGCUGCCAUAGACGGACUCUUCGAGGACAUGAAGCACGGCAAGCAAUUUGGGAAACUGGUUAUCGAAUUUGGAAAGCAUGCAGGCAGCAAGCUGUAA